AUGGGGAAAAAGAAAGUCAAGAAUAGUCAAGACCUAAGCAGCCUGGCUUCUAACAAAAGUCCAGUCCUGGAACUAAAAUUUAAUGAACCUUUGUUUGCGUUGGCCUGCCACCCCGAACAGGCUUUGCUCUUUAGCGGGCUUUCUACAGGCCAUAUAUUAUGCCACAGAUAUGAGCCCGACGCGCUUCAAAAACGUAUGAAGAAGAAUGAGCAUGCGGCGGCAAAGGCUAAAGAAGGUGAGCCUGCCGAAAACAAAAAAUUUUGGACAGUAGUUGAAGCCCGGGAGGAUGGCAGCUCAAACACUGAGGGAUUUGAGCUUGUGUGGAAGACAAAGAGACACAAAGGAAGCGUGCGCUCUAUUUGCCUUGACGCAGAUGGAACGCACGUAUACUCUAUCGGGGCAGACUGCGUGUUAAAGAAGGCCAAUUCACAGACGGGAAAGGUGGUCAAAAAGACGCAAGUCUCGCAAGAUACUGGCGUAAAGUUUACUAAGAUUGUCAAAUCUGCCACACACCCCUUUUUGCUGCUCGGCGAUGAAAGCGGCAACGUGAUAGUGCUGAACAGCGAAACUCUGGAGCUCAAGAACACAAUUCGCGGGAUUCACAACGGUGACGCCAUUAACGACAUCUUUCACUUCACUGGAAAGUCGAUUCACAAGUUUGUGUCUUUGGGGCAGACCACGCUGGCGUACUGGGACGCACGUGAGUCCAACGAGGGCGACAUGCAAAUCCCAGCUGAUGACCUGGACGCGAAGCGCAAAGUGCGUUUAAGUGAGGACCAAGAAGAUGAGAUACUAUGCGGAACUUUUCUGGAUCCCCAGGACGGCGAAACUUUGAUCUGCGGCAUGGGCGAGGGUAUUUUGACUAUAUGGAAGCCCAAGAAAAACGAUUUGGUUGACCAAAUUAGCAGAAUCAAAGUGAAGAAGGAUGAGAGUCUUGACUGCAUGAUUUCUACUUUGCAGGACGAUAGCUGCGUUUGGGUUGGAUGUUCUGAUGGCCACCUCUACAGAGUAAAUGUUAAAACAAGCAAAGUUGUCGAGAUCCGCAAACACAGCGGGUUGGACGAGGUUCUCUUCUUAGACUUAGACUCAGAGUACCGCUUAGUUUCGGGCGGCAUGGACAAGGUUAAAAUAUGGGAAUCUUCUGCCAGUGACGAUGACGAUCGCGAACAACAGGCGGAAAUUGAUAGCGAUUCCAGCGCCAGCGAGAUGGGGCCGGACGAUAGUAGCUCUAACUCUGAGCUUGAAUCGGGCUCCGACGUUGAAUUGGAGGAAGAUCCUGAAGGUAGUGGCAGUGACGAAGACUCCGAUGAAAGCACAUUUGAAGAAGGCGAGCUUGUGGGGCUCAGCAAGGAAGAGUUAUUGAAAGAGCUAGACAAGGACUUAUGUGGAAGCGACCAAGAAGAAGGUUCAAAACCCUCUCGUAAGAGAACCGCUGCAGACGGCGGCGAUAAUGGCGCCUCUAAGAAGUCGAAGGCCAAACAAAAACCAAAGCAGAAACAGCUGACGUCUAAGCAGCUACGAAACCUGCAAAAACAUGAACACGGAAUAAAAAGGUUUGAAGAUUUGUAG